UUCGCCUAGACGCACCUCUCUCUCUCUAUCUCUCUCUCUCGCUCUCUCUUUCUGGUUUUCCGUAUGAAUGAUCAGAGCCCAAUUCCUAUCGCCUUUCAUCAGGACUGCCACCGACAUUCUUCUGGGCCUGUACUGCAUCAGGUAUUGAGGCAGGGUCAGAGCUUCUCUGUUGAAUCUUAUGCAACUGAGUCAUCCCUCGUCAAUAUGGAAACUGGGAAGGUGCCUAAUGGAGAUGUCAGGAAGGUCUCUCGUCAAGAUAUCCAGCUGGUGCAAAAUCUUAUAGAACGGUGUUUGCAACUUUACAUGAACCAAAAAGAAGUUGUGUACACUCUCUUGGAGCAGGCAAAGAUAGAACCUGGUUUCACAGAACUUGUUUGGCAAAAACUUGAGGAGGAAAACAGAGAUUUCUUUAGGGCCUACCAUGUCAGAUUGUUGCUGAAGCAGCAGAUAAUGGUUUUCAAUGAAUUGCUUCUGCAACAAAGUCGGCACAUGGCGCAGAUGGGCUCAACUGCAGUUCCUCCUCUUUCAAAUGGAUCUUGUUCGACUCCAUUGCAACAAGCACAAGAAUUCUAUGUUAUGAAUCAGCCAAUAGCUCCUUCAAGACCGGACAUGCAUCACCACCAUCAUUUGGCUCCUUCAGCUGCAGUUAUGAAUGGAGGUGGAGGAAGCUCCAUGCCUCACCCUCCUUUGCGUUGCAUGGAUGAAGCCUCUGCCCCACCUUCAAGUAUGGAUGUCUCACCAGAUUCAAUGGCAGUUUUGCAUUCACGCUUCGGUAUGCUUAAUGGAACCAAUGGCAUUGUACCUAAGACUGAACCUGGGUUCCCAAGCCAUUACCCAUAUGCCUUUGGAAUAGAUGGGAAUGUCCAAGAUAGCAACCGUGUUGGAGCUAUUGGAGAUGAUGGUGUUGCUUCACUUAAUGGCGUUGCUUCGCUUAAUGGAGGGGAUUUGAAUCCCCAAGGUGUGGGAGCUGGGUUAGAUGACAUUGGAGGACCAGCAUGUGGAUUCUUGGCCAAUAUUCCUCGCAACUUUAGUCUUUCUGAUUUGACAAUGGACAUGUAUCAGAAUGCAGACAUAUUCGACUACUACAGGUCUCCAUUUCUUGCUACACAGCCAGACGGCUUUCUAGGGUCUCCAAAAAAGGAGUGCCAAGGAGAGGAGGGGAGGCUGGAUACCAUUUCAGAAGCCUUGAGUUAUGAAGAAUGUGGAAGUGAUUGAUAGGAUUCUCCUCCUUGGGCGACAAUUGAUCAAGAGAGAUGAUAGGUGAUAUGUGUACAACUGUUCAUAGCAUUUUGAAUUGAAUGACCAAUUUAAUCCGGCAUUUUAACUUGAUUGUUGACAUUGGCUUGAACUUGGGAGUAUAUUGGGGUUGGAAUAAUACUUGAAAUGGUUAUAAGAAUUGAUUUGUAUGUAAUGCAGUUAAGGUUUUCAUAAAGUUUCCCUUGAGUUUGGUGUAAA